AUGACAAAAUUAUCCGAGAAGAGUAAUAUGUAAUUUGAAUUUUGAAACUGUUUUAAUAAUAUGAAUUUUAUAUUAUUAUGAUAUAUGAUGAAUGUUUUUCACAUUAUAAAAAAAAAAUAUUUUUAAAGUUGAAAAUUAAAAAAUUGAAUUUUAACUAGAAAAAAACAUUUUCCAGAUCAUUGUAAACAGCAAAGUAAUUACAAAUUGUUCUUUAUCUUGUUUGUUUAUCUUGUAUAUCGUAAACACUUUGAAUCUUUAUCACAUGAUAAUAAAGUGAGACACUUAGUAACAGAUCCAAAAUAUGGAUUCUUGAAGCAAUUGGGUCUUACAACUGAAAAUCCAGGUUUCUUUGAUGGACGAUGGGGAGGAUCUGGAAAGGUGAUAGAAUCAGUUUCUCCAGCAACGGGCAAAGUAAUAGCGAAAGUUCGAACAUCGACAUCUGAAGAAGCAAAUAAUGCUAUUACAGAAAGUCGCAAAGCAUGGAUUCAGUGGGCAUUAUUGCCAGCUCCUAAAAGAGGUGAAAUAUUGCGGCAAAUAGGAAUGGAACUUCGAAACAAUAUAGAGCCACUGGGACGAUUAGUGUCUUUAGAAAUGGGAAAAAUAUUGCCAGAGGCUAUUGGCGAAAUUCAGGAAUUUAUUGACGUUUGUGAUUAUGCGGUAGGCUUAUCUAGAAUGCUUGGUGGCUCUAUAAUUCAUUCGGAGAGAAAAUCUCAUAUAAUUCUUGAACAAUGGAAUCCUAUUGGAGUAGUUGGAGUUAUUUCUGCAUUCAAUUUCCCUGUUGCAGUAUAUGGCUGGAACGCUGCUAUAGCAAUGGUAUGCGGGGAUACGGUUGUUUGGAAAGGAGCACCUACUACUCCAUUGACUUCUGUUGCAACUACAAAAAUAAUCGCACAAGUAUUAGAACGAAAUGGGCUACCAGGCUCUGUUGCAUCUCUAGUGACAGGCGGAUCUGAUGUUGGUGAUACUAUUGUUAAUGAUACGCGUGUACCUCUAAUUUCAUUUACUGGAAGUACCGAAGUUGGAAAAAAUGUGGCUCUUAAAGUUCAACAACGAUUUGGAAAAUCUUUGUUAGAGCUAGGGGGCAACAAUGCAAUGAUAGUUACUCCAGAUGGAAAUCUAGAUAUGGCAGUUCAAACAGCAGUAUUCUCUUCUGUAGGAACAACUGGACAGAGAUGUACCAGUACAAGAAGAUUAAUUCUUCACAGCAAGAUAAAAGAUGAAUUUUUAGGAAAAUUGAAAGCGGGAUAUAAGAGUAUAUUGGGACGAAUAGGAGAUCCUUUAGAUGAUAAUGUUUUAUAUGGACCAUUACACAAUCAACAAGCAGUAGAUAAAUAUAAUCAAGCAAUAGAAAGUGCUUUACAAAAUGGUGGCAAAAUUGAAUUUGGUGGAAAACAAAUAAAUAGAGCUGGUUUUUAUGUCGAACCAACUAUUAUUUCUGGUUUAUCACCUAAAGCUGAAAUUGUUCAAAAAGAGACUUUUGCACCAAUUGUAUAUAUUUUUGAAGUCGAUUCUUUAACAGAUGCUAUUGCUCUUAAUAAUGAUGUGUCACAAGGAUUAAGCAGUGCUUUAUUUAGUACGAAGUUAGAAGAUAUUUCCCUGUGGGCUGGUCCUCUUGGUUCUGACUGUGGAAUAGUAAAUGUUAAUAUUGGAACUAGUGGAGCAGAGAUAGGUGGUGCAUUUGGAGGAGAAAAAGCUACAGGUGGUGGACGCGAGUGUGGAAGCGAUUCAUGGAAGAAUUAUAUGCGACGUUCGACUAUAACUAUUAAUCAUGGAAAUGAAAUAACAUUGGCACAAGGCCUAAAAUUCGAGUAA